UUGUGUUGCAGUUUCAUGGCAUUGCAGUGUCAGAUGCUGGUCGGUAUCUGUGUCAGGCUAGGAAUUCUGCCGGUGAAGCGGAAGCUGUAGCAGAGGUGGUUGUUAGUGAAAACACUCGGGCCCCUAUGGUGACUGCUGUUCAACAUGAUCAGUCAACAUAUGAAGGAAAUUCAGUGCAGCUUCGAUGUGUUGUGCCUCCUGGACCUGGACGACCUCCAUACAUCACUUGGACACGUGACAGGUUGCCUCUCCCUGCAAAUGCUGUUGUCCGUGGAGACGUACUUCAGCUGACCAAUGUCCAGUUAUCAGACCAAGGACGUUAUAUUUGUGAGGCCCGAAGCGAUUCUGGGUAUGCAUCUGACUACAUAAAUCUACGAGUAGACCGUAAGUAUCUCUGUUACUACGUUGUAACUUAGAGCAGUGAAACCUGC